AAAGAAAGAUCAGUUUUUCCCUGCCUGUAUUGCUACAGAUCGAGUUACCAAUUAUUGCUUCAAAAACAUCCUUAUAUUUUGAAACGGGCUUGGAAUCUCUUUCUGCACUGAGAAGAAGGACGUUUAAGCAUACCGCCUCAUAUGUCUGGCAGCGAAUCAGAGGUAAAGCCAAUCUCCAUCUGGUGGCGUUUCUACGUGUACGCCGUCCAUGGAUACGUCACAGAGAUUAUGUUUACCGCCCUCUGGGAAUUUGUGGUUAACCUCAACUGGAAGUUUCCCGGAAACACCAGUGUCUGGGUGCUGUUAAUUUACGGACUCUCAGGCUUGGUGGUUGAACGGAUGUACUUCCAGUUGAGAGAUCGAGUUCCGUUUGUUGCGCGCAUACUCAUCUACACUCUUUGGACUUACCUCUGGGAGUUUUCCACGGGGUUUGUUUUGAAACAAUUUGGUGCUUGCCCCUGGGACUAUACGCCGUUUCAUGGAGAUUUCAUGGGAAUCGUAACACUAGAAUACGCCCCUCUGUGGUUUAUUGGCAACAUUUUAGGAGAGCUGAUUAUCAUGAAAUACACAUUGCGGUUGUACUGGGGACCAGAGACCUCUCUGCAGCCCGUCAAUAGUCGCCACAGUAUACGGAAGAACCAAUAGCUCGAGUAAAUGUGUAUAUUUUAAUCAUUGAAUGCUCGUUGACCAAUACUCAUUUCCAACUCCACGUUUUUCUUAACACAUUGUUACAUGUGGUUUUUUAUUAAAAUUUUAUUCUUAUG